UGAAGGCUAUCAUCGACAGAAUCACUCAGCAACCAUGAGGUCUCUUGUAUUCGUUCUGCUCAUCGGAGCUGCCUUUGCGACGGAGGAGGACAAGAUCGUCGGAGGGAAGGAGUGCACUCCCUACUCCCAGGCCCAUCAGGUGUCUCUGAACUCUGGCUACCACUUCUGUGGAGGCUCCCUGGUCAACGCGGACUGGGUGGUGUCUGCCGCUCACUGCUACAAGACCCGUGUGGAGGUUCAGUUGGGAGAGCACAACCUUAGAGUCAAGGAGGGAAACGAGCAGUACAUCAGCUCCUCCCGUGUCAUCCGUCACCCCAACUACAGCUCCUACAACAUCAACAAUGACAUCAUGCUGAUCAAGCUGAGCAACGCUACCCUCAACCAGUACGUGAAGCCUGUGGCUCUGCCCAGAAGCUGUGCCCCCGCUGGCACCAUGUGCACCGUCUCCGGCUGGGGAAGCACCCAGAGCUCCUCCGCUGACAAGAACAAGCUGCAGUGCCUGAACAUCCCCAUCCUGUCCAACAGGGACUGUGAUAACUCUUACCCCGGCAUGAUCACUGAUGCCAUGUUCUGCGCUGGAUACCUUGAGGGAGGCAAGGACUCUUGCCAGGGAGACUCUGGUGGACCCGUCGUGUGCAACGGUGAGCUGCAGGGUGUUGUGUCCUGGGGCUACGGAUGUGCUCAGAAGGACAACCCCGGUGUCUACGCCAAGGUCUGCCUCUUCAACGAUUGGCUGGAGACCACCAUGGCCAGCUAUUAAGUCUGAUCCUGCGACCAUUUUACUCUGCUGCCUUUCUUCCAUCAUUCCAUCUUUCAUCAUAACUCCACCAUGAGUUUUGAAUAAUGUGCAAUCUGAGUAAAUAAAAUACUAUA